CGAAUGUCAACAUGGGAAGCGUCAUAUGAUAGCUCUUAGGUUUGAUCGGCCCAGUUAAAAUUUUGGACAGACAUCAUUAAGUGCCUUUGAACUGCAAGACUCUUUAUUCAGUACAUACAGUAAUCAAAAUGUCUAGCACACAAACAUCUUUAGUUGCAAGUCUGGUACACACAAUCAGUGCCCAUACAUCUGAUAUCAACUGUGUGGCUUUCUCUACCGACAAUAAACUUGCCACCAGUUCCGGUGACAAAACUACACGUCUUUGGGAUGUCAAUGACUUCAGUGAACUCUCCAGUUCUCCAUUGUGUGGUCACACAUAUUAUGUACAUUGUUGUGCAUUUUCUCCUUUUGGGACAACAGUAGCAACCUGCUCUACUGAUGGUAAACUGAUUCUUUGGGAUGUACAGAAUGGAAAAAAGUUGGCAAUGUUACAACAUCAGAAACAGAAUGGUAUACGUGUGUGCAGAUUUUCUCCCAAUUCCAAGUAUCUGAUAUCAGGAAGUGAUGAUGAAACUGCUUGUUUGUGGAAUGUGCAACAUCACAAAUUGCUCAGAACCUUUUCUGAACAUGAAGCAUCGAUUGUUGGAUGUGCUUUCUCCCCAGACAGCAACUAUGUGGUGACUGGUUGUUCAAAUGGCAACCUGCGUGCCUGGGAUACCAACCACGGACACAUCAAACACUUAGCCUACAUCCUGGAAGGUCAUGACCUUGGAGUGACAUGUUGUGAUUUCUCACCAACUUAUGGAUCUGCUCGUGAGGUUUAUAAAGAUGGCAGUAUCUGGUUCCUAUUGGGGACCUGCGGACAAGACAGUCUGGUCAAGCUAUGGGUGUUCCAUACACAACUGGGCAGUACAACGGUCAAUUUGACAGAAGUACACAAAUUAGUUGGACACAGUGGCCCUGUCAUGUCCUGCUGUUUCUCACCAAACGGUCAACUUCUUGCAUCUGCAUCAAUUGAUAAAACCAUCAGACUGUGGGAGCCUGCAACUGGAAGCUCACUGCACAUAAUAUCUGGACAUUCACGAUAUGUGACCUGUUGUGCCUUCUCCAGCAACAGUCAAUUCCUGGCUUCUGGAUCAAAUGACAAGACUGUUUUAAUAUGGAAGAUCACUACACAAGGUGAAGCCAUUGAUAAUCUUAAGGCUGACCAGGACAGAAGAGCUUUGGAUGAGCAGAGCUAUAUGACUGUGAAGCCUAUAGCCCAGUGGACAGUGGAGGAUGUUUGUAACUGGUUAAGUACAAUCGGAAUGGGGCAUUACACAGACAACUUCAAGUCUAAUGACAUUGAUGGCACAGAGUUGGUCAACCUCAACAACGAAAUGCUCGUCUCAUUGAGAAUUGAUGCACUCGGUCAUAGAAACAAGAUCCUUAGAGCCAUGAAGUGCAUCAGUGUGAAAAAUGAACAGUCUCUAAAAGACCCAGAUGCUGGCAUUCCAGAUGAGUACCUGUGUCCAAUCACCAGAGAGGUGAUGAAAGACCCAGUCAUAGCUGAGGAUGGGUACACUUAUGAGAGAGAGGCCAUCACAGCAUGGACAUCCAAAGGCAAAGACAGAAGUCCAAUGACCAACGCCAUAUUGUCCACUAAACAGCUCACUCCAAACCGCAGUCUAAAGAUGCUUAUACAACGUCACCUGAAUGGAUAAAAACCCAACUAUUACAGACUUGGAUUAUUAUUAGGAGUUGCCACUGUAUUUAUGGAUAUGCUCAGUGUCAAAGUUUUUCCUUUCAUCUUAGUAUUUUUUGUAAGUUCCUGGGACUUGAAGGUUUUAAAGUUUUGUCACAAUCUGAAAUUUUGACUCAUCCGACAAAAGGCUGAAAGAAUGGAUGCAAAACCCAUUAAGAAAUAAAUACAUGAAAGUCAGGAGUCUGUUCAAAUCUCGUUAGCUUCUAACGUAGUCACAUUGAUAGGCAAGAUGCCAUUAAUUGGGGUCACAUUUGCAGUUAAAAUGACAUGUUGGAGUCACAGCUGUCAAGAUAUCUCCUGCUGUCGUGUGUAUAUAUAUAGAUGUUAAGAACGACCUUGUCAUCAACUUGUUUAAAUACUGAUAUGACUUGUGCUGAGAGGACCAUUUUAAAGCUUUAUUUGUAAAUAUUGAUACUAAUUUACCUCCAGGAUAUUAGUGACGGAGUUCCUCCUCGUAUUCUGAUGGUUUUAUAGCCCCAGGAUCAUAAAACAUUCCAUUAAUUAUCUGUGAACAUUUGUGUAUAAUUAAGAAUUUACGUAUUUAAUUUUCUAUAAUUCUACACUCAUACUAUAGUUUGAUAAAGAAUGAAAACUAGAGAAUGCUGUUCCUGUUUCAAUCACUGGCAUGUCUUAGGAGCUUUAUGACCCUGGAGCUAUUUAUAAACCCAGCUGUUAUUAGGCCAGUUAUUUCUAUGUUAAAUGGCCAUCAGAUAUUAUUUUAUGAAGUGAAGAGUCUGUUUUAUUAAGAAUUUCUAUUGUUUCACUACGUAAGUUUGUACAAAGGGUAAUGUGUAGUAUCGUGUUUCUCAACCAAAGUAUAAUGUUAAAAAUCAAACUUCCCUGAUGAUAUUUUUUUAUGAUCAAAUUGGAUAUUUUAACUCAGAAUUGUUUUUAACAUUUAUAAUCAAAUUGAAACACGGUUGUUAUUACUGUUAGUAGAAAUGAAUCACUUUAACGGCCCAUUACAGUUUGAUGUAGAUAUGCGGUACAAUAACCUUUACAGACACAUAUGUGUUUAGAAAAUACAUUUGUUUAGAAGUGCUUUAUGAUGUACAGCGUACAUCCCCUUGGUUGUGAGAAUUAUGCUGAUGUUAAGAUGAAAUCUAGCAGGAUUGUGUUGUGCACACCAUAGAUGUGUGAUGGUAUAGUACUACAGCAGUGGCGAUGUGUUGCUUUAUUAGCCGCUUGUAUCGUGGAAUAGAAGAUCAAUAUUUGUAAUUAAAUUAAUCUGAGGUAGAUGCCAAGACCAGUAUCAUACUUUCUUUUUACAUGUUUAUCUACAAGUAUAACCAGGAAGUGUUUUAUAAACCACAGAAUCAUGUAGAGACAUCCAGGUCACUCCAAUCAUGUUAUCAGCUAAAGAUAAGAUGACCUGGAGUUUGUGAAACUCAUUAUUUGUGCAAGUGUUGUUGUCUUUUGUUGUUGUUGUCUUUUUUUGUCUUUUUUAUAAAAUCAGAACAAGUCAUUCAAAUAACUAAAAAAAGUGUAUAACUUGUAUAAGUAAUUAAUCUUUUUAAAAUUUUGUUGUUUUUUAUUGUGUGAUUAGAAACAGAAUUUAGUGUCUAAUCAAAAUAAUCUUGGUGUUAAAUAUGUAGAAGUAGGAUCUCCUGUUAUACACAGUAUUUUAUACACUUUAUUUUAUAUACCUGUAACUGACAUAUAACUAUUUUCUGAAUUAAAAGCAAAUUAAGCAGGUGUUAUAGGAAUAGAAAUCCAAUUAUAUCAUGAUCUGUAAGAUUUAUAUAUGUAGAAAUCCAAUGUUAUCUGUUAUAUAACACAGAUUUUGUAUAUAUAGAAAUCCAGUGUGAUCUAUGGUCACAUUACACAGGUUUUUGUAUAUAUAGAAAUCCAGUGUGAUCUAUGGUCACAUUACACAGGUUUUGUAUAUAUAGAAAUCCAGUGUGAUCUAUGGUCACAUUACACAGGUUUUGUAUAUAGAAAUCCAGUGUGAUCUAUGGUCACAUUACACAGGUUUUGUAUAUAUAGAAAUCCAGUGUGAUCUAUGGUCACAUUACAAAUGUUUUGUAUAUAUAGAAAUCCAGUGUGAUCUGUCAUAUUACACAGGUUUUGUAUAUAUAGAAAUCCAGUGAUCUAUGGUCACAUUACACAGGUUUUGUAUAUAUAGAAAUCGAGUGUGAUCUGUCAUAUUACACAGGUUUUUGUAUAUAUAGAAAUCCAGUGUGAUCUAUGGUCACAUUACACCGGUUUUAUAUAUAUUGAAAUCCAGUGUGAUCUAUGGUCACAUUACACAAGUUUUGUAUAUAUAGAAAUCCAGUGUGAUCUGUCAUAUUACACAGGUUUUUGUAUAUAUAGAAAUCCAGUGUGAUCUAUGGUCAUAUAAAAAAGUUUUUUUCAAAUAUAGAUAACCAGUGUAUGUUGAAAGUCAGUGUUAUCUUAUCAGAUUAACUUCAUUGAAAAUUUGGACUGUAAAAACACUAAACUAAAAAUCCAUAGAUUAUAUGGUAAUGGUGUGUGAACCUGAUCCAGUUAUAAUGAAGACUUGUGUUCACUAAAUGGUGACAAACUUUCUGUGAUAAAAUUGUUUUACAAACUGCUCUGAACGGACAAAAGUUAUGUUCAUUCAUGAAAAUGUUAACAUUGUAAGAGAUUUCAUUUCCCCUGAAAAGUUUUUUUCAUGUUAAGUGAAUUUUGUAUUAUCUGGAAUUCGAAAA